CAGCAUCCCUCUGCCCUCCCUUCCCCAACCAAAGGGAAUUCGACAAAGACAGAUUGCACAACAUGGACGAAAAAAGAGACCUCCCAUCGUUCGAGGCUAUGUCGGAAAUACGACGAUGGCAGCGAAGGAAGCCCCGACGAUCAAGGGGAUUGCGUUUCUUGGCCCUGGGCUGCCUGUGUUUCAUCGCGUUUGCGCAGUGGAAGCAAUUGUCACGCUGGCCGAGCCCUGUGUCGCAUUUGAACCCCGACAUCACGAUACACGGCCUCUCGGUCAAACGGCUACGGGACGACCUCGCUACGUGUGAGAAGCUGUGGAAGAAGCCACAAGACCCAUUCGGCGCUGGCCGGGAACGGAACGCGCGUUACAUUAACGGCCAUGCUCCGACCCUCAUCAAGAAUGCCUCCGUCUGGGUGGGCGAACCAACCACCGGCACUCCGCCUGAGGCUGCGCGCAAGGGCGCCGGCUUCAGCUGGACCGAUGCCGACGUCUACCUGGAGUACGGCCUCAUCAAGCGGGUCGAGUCGUCCAUCGCUUUGUCGUCCGUCGCGUCCAACACAGUGGUUUUCAACGCCAACGGUCGGCCUCUAACAGCCGGUAUCAUUGAUAUGCACAGCCAUGCCGGGGUUGACUCGCUCCCAGAGCUGGAGGGAAACGAUGACACCAAUGAGAUGGCUUCCGACAUCACCCCGUAUGUCAGAUCAAUCGACGGCCUGCAACCUGCCGAUCAUCAACUUCAGGUCAUUAAGUCAGGUGGCGUCACUACGAGCCUGAUUCUGCCUGGAUCCGCCAACAACAUGGGCGGCGAGGCAUAUGUAAUCAAGCAUGCCGUGGGAAAGGCCGACGGACGCAACGAGACGAGUGCCGUAGACAUGCUGGCUGACAAGGACCGCAACUGGCGCUACAUGAAGAUGGCUUGCGGGGAAAAUCCCAAGCGUGUCUAUGGCCGACCGGGCAAGCAGGGUCCGACCAGCCGGCUGGGCGAGAGUUGGGAGUUCCGCCACGCCUUCGAGCAGGCAACCAAGCUGGUGCAGGACCAGGACGACUGGUGCAACGCUGCCGCUGCCGGCGUCCACCACAUGAAGUCAUACCUGCCACAGGAGCUCCGCUUGGAGUCGCUGGGAGCCCUGUUGCGGCACCAGGUUCGCCUGAACACGCACUGUUACACAAUUCCGGAUCUUGAGGCCUUUGUGGACCAUACCAACGAGUUCAAGUUCAAAGUCCGAGCUUUCCACCAUGCUCACCAGACGUACUUGGUUCCUGAGAUUCUCAAACGGGCAUACGGCGGGGAAACCCCGGCAAGCGCCCUGUUUGCGGACAACAUGUACUACAAAGCCGAAGCGAACACAGCGUCGGAGUAUGCUGGCAAAAUUCUGUACGACAACGGCUUGACGCCAGUGUAUGUCAGCGACAAUCCAGUCCUCAACGCCCAACACGUGAUCUUUGAGGCUGCCAAAGGCCACAAAUACGGUUUGCCAUACCAUGCAGCCUUAGCUGCCGUGACCACUGCGCCCGCCGAACUCCUUGGUUUGGGCAAGAGGCUCGGUAAAGUCAAGCCUGGUUUUGAUGCCGACGUCGUGAUUUGGGACAGCGACCCCCUCAGCGUGGGUGCGACACCCGUGCAGGUUUGGAUCGACGGGACUGCCCAGUUUGACAAUCCCGUCGAACUGAAGAAGCCCUUUGCUAAGGUGACGGUGCCUAGUGAGAAUCUCUCCAAGAUCCCCGAUGCGCCCCUGGCCAUGCAUGAGGUGAUCUUCACUGGCGUCUCCAAGGUUCUGACCAAAGACGAAGUCAAGAGAGUGUCCUCUAGUACUGUGGUUGUCGUGUCGAAAGGCGCCGUGGCUUGCAUCGGAUCAUGCGAGUCUGAACUCCAAGCGGCGCCCCGGCAUGGAACCCCAAUCAUCAGCCUCCAGAACGGCUGCCUUACCGACUCGUUCACUGCAUUCGGCGCCAAGAUCGGUCUUAACGCUAUCGACGCGGAGAAGGACACCGAUAACGGCCCUAGCGGGAGCGCCUUCACCCGCGCCGAGGACGGCCUUACGCUCGACACCCAUAAAACGAACACUUCCUACACCUACGGCGUGACAAAAGCCAUCUCCGCCCCCAGACUCAGAGGCCUCGACACCCACCAUGGUACGAGCGUCGGCUUCCUUACCGGCGCGCGCACCGCCCUCGACAACAACACAGUCUUCGCCUCAGACGUCGCAGUCCACUACACCCUCGACCUCUCCAUCAAAUCAGCCGGCCAGCCAGAUAUCGCCUCCAUCUCGGCGGCCGUCGGCGCCCUCCGCCGCAAGCUCUUCACCGCAGCCUCUAAGCGCACCGAUCCCGUCCCGGACAUCUACUCGGAAGAGUUCUACCUCCAGCGGGUGGUCAACGGCUCCCUCCCACUCGUCAUAACAGUCCACUCCGCGGACGUGAUAGCGUCCUUGUUGAAGGUGAAGCGCGUAGUCGAGGAGGCUACUCAAACUCCGCUCCGCCUGGUGAUUUAUGGCGGGGCCGAAUCGCACCUUGUCGCGGAGCAGCUGGCUGCGGCCAAGGUUGGCGUGGUCCUUGCGCCGGCGUUUGCGUAUCGAGCAUCUUGGGAUCAGAGACGCGCUUUGACGGGGGCGCCGCUGACGAAUGGCACUGCAGUGGAUAGGUUGCUUGAGGCUGGGGUGUUGACAGGGAUUGGGUUGGCUGAGGACUGGAUGGUGAGGGAUUUGGGGUUGUUUGCAGGGAUUGUGUUCAAGAAUGGGGAGGGGAGGGUGGAUGAGAAGGGGGCUUUGGCGAUGGUCGGGGCGAAUCUGUAUGAGAUGCUUGGGUUGGAGGAACAUGGGGUUAGGGAGGGACAUUUUGUUGUUUGGGAGGGCAGUCCGUUGGAGAUUGAUGGGCGGGUGAAGGCUGUUGGUGGGGGGAAGGGUUGGGUUGAUGUUUGGGGAUAGUUGGAUACCUCCUUGAGGCUUGGGCUUGAGGCACACCGGCUCUGUGAGUUGGUCAUACAUAACGUUAGAAAUAAGGAAUGAGGUAGACACGUCGAUAUUCAUUCAUUAAUGAACUUGCAG